CGAAGGUCUUACGGGUGUGGAACGGCAUGAGGUGAGUAAUAAAUGACAGAUUUUUCAUUUUUGGGUGAACUAACCAUUUAAUUAUAUACUACUGAAUAUAACAUUUUUUAGAUUACAGCAGCAUUUCUUUACACCUCACAUCAUAUUAUCAAUAGCUCAACUGUUCCUUUACAGCCUCACUUUCAUUCACGUCAAAUUAAAUAUGUCUACCUUGAAUAAGAUCAUAUGCACACACACCAUUUGGAGCUCAGCCACUUUAUAUAUAAUAUUUUUCUUUUUUUUAUGCAUGUGUGGUUACAUACAGUUUGUUUGUAAUCACAUAUACACACAGACAUGAUUCCACAUGCAUAGCGACCUCUCUCAGAGCCAUAGGCUGACCUUUGCUCUCCGUGUAGAUAAACGUGGGCAUAUACACACAUAUAUACUUUAUCAUUUAACAGUUCUACACACAGACUUCUAACAGAUAAUAAACAAGCGUAUUCACUCUGAGUGGAAUGGGCUGGGGGUUUGUAAUAUAAUCUGUCUGUACCUUUUCCCUUGAGGGUUGAAGGAAUUUUAUAGCAGGUUUAAUGUUUUACUUCUUCCAUCUGUCUCUCUCUUUCACACACUGUCUUAAUCUGAAGAUCUGAAGAGAUGUGAUCAUAGUGAAUUAUGUUCCUAGCCAUGUGAAGUAGGUAAACCCUCUCUCUCUCUCUCUUUCUCAGUCCAUUUUACAAACUAGAAAUACUGUAUCCUAUUGUCUUUUAGCAUUUCUGUUUUUCUCAGAAGAGCAGAAUGUUUUGCAAUUUUUUCGCUUCCAUCUCUGCCCUUUUCUUUCUUUUUGUAGUACAAUUGGAAAAUGAUUACCACAUAACAGGGUAUUUUCAGCUAAAAGCAAUACUCAUAUAAAAUUCUAAUCAUACUACAUUAUUUUGAUGUAGAGAUUCUGUAAAAGUGAUUCAUCGCUAAUGAAAAGAUGCCUUCACUAUUCCGUAGCCAUUUCUGUUUCUUGUCAUUCUGAUGCUUGCUAUUGUGAACGCUUGGCCACUCUUGAACAGUUCUUCUUCUUUUAAAACCUCUUUAGUCAUACGUGGGACAUUUAGGCACAUUAUUAUAUUCUUUAGUGUAUAAAAUACAAAUAAACCUACUAAUCAUUUUUCUAACAUAGAUUUGGGGCCUUCUGUGGAUUUUUAUGUAGACAAGUAGAGGUACUCCAAUGAGACGACUGCAAAAAAAAAAAAAAAAUGACACUAGAAGGGGAAUUCUAAUAAAAUGCAAGCUUUUCAUCAUUGUCCACAAGAUUAUGUCUUUCCAGUAGCAAUUCCAGUGACUUAAUUUCAUGUGUGUUUUAAUACUGUGUUGGGGCACAGGGGGAAGUUUUUUGUAAGCUUUGUGCUCAAAAGGGUUGUGACUCUGAGAGGACCGUGUGACUCUGCCUGAUCAGCCGUGUCAGGUGAGCUAAACUAGCGUUAAACUCUCAGGAAAAGACGGAGAUGAAGCGAGUGCAGCAAAUUCAGGGUCUCCCAGUGGUGAUGUUUUACGCGUGUAUUUGUGAGCGUGUUUGCGUGUUAAAUGCACACAGGUGUGUGAGUCCGUUUGUGUUUUAAAGAAUGUAUGUAUCUUUAUGGUAAAUAGGUGUGUGUGAGAGCCUGUGCGCAUUGCGUGUGUGUGUGAGUCUAUAAAAGUGCUUCCUAAUUUUAUUGGUUAACACAAUCUUUGAAUUUUUCUGUUGGUUGAAGUCAAGUAGCCUCAUGAACUCAUGUACAGUAUCAAAGCCCCUUGUUCUUAUUUUAGUCUAUAUUGUUUGUACAAGAAAAUGAUGAGGAUGUUCCUGUAAGCAUGCAGACACAAUUUGAGUCCUAUAGAUAUAUAUCUGCUUUAUACUAUUAUUUAUUUAUUUAUUUAUUUAUGUACUUAUUUACUUGUCUUAUCUAUUUAGGAUUUAUUUUAUACGGUUUUGAUUCUGUUUAGUGAUCUGUCAUGCCACCCUCAUAUUGUGAAUAUGUUGUACUGUAUGUAUAAACAUUAUAUGUGCAUACAUACGAUGAACAAAGAAUAAAUUCUUGAAACUUUAGGCCUAUAUGUCUUGACAUGUAUUACAAAACGUAUACAAACAAUAUCCUACAUAAAAAUAUUAAUUCACUUUUUUUUUUUGUCAUAUCAUGAUGGGAAGGCGAACUGAACUUUUAGAUGUUAUGAAUUGGCUGGGCCAAGUUUGUAAUGAAUGAAUUUAAAUGUAUAUUCUUGUUAAUUUGGUUUUUUGCGGUUCCAAUGGAUAUUAAAAUAAUAUAACUUCAGUCGUUAUGUUUAUAUAAAAAAUAAAUACUACUGUGUAUUUUUUAGCGUGACUGACUGUAAUGCUGUUUAGGGGCAGUUACCAAGUUCGAACAAAAGGAGACGCUGUAAAGAAAAAUAACACUCGAUGCUAUCACCAAAUAAAUACUAGGCCAAUGACAAGGAUUUCAGGACAACAUGAGCAAUGGCAUCAUUCAUGUGGUGGAGGAUUUUAAAAGAACUGUUGGUAUAUCAUUACAGGCGUCACUGAUGAUCCAGCAACAAAGCACUUGUUGCUCUUCUGUACCUUCCACCAUCCCACACAUUCUUCAGUUUGGACGGCCUAUACUAAUUAUGCUAUGUUAAUGGAAUGAAUGAAUGAUGAAGAAAAAAUGGGACUGAUGCACCAGGGCCAUAGAGCUCCUGAAGAGGACGACCCUGCACCCCCGCGCUCCCCUUUUCCUCUAUAAGGUUUGACUGGGACACUGACGGAGAGAUGAUUUCUGAUACAGUUGUCAAUAUAGGCAGUCGCUUUGUCGACAAUUUAGGAGCAUGUCCUGUCUCGGUGUUUUGGGCUCAGGGGGCGUGUUCUGGGGGAGGUGGCCUGUCAACAUGCCUUAUCCUAAGGUGAGCUGCCUCAGCUGCGGACGCUGGGGAUGCUUGGCGCUGAUUGGUUGGCGCUUACGGUCAAUGGCACGCGACUAUGGAUGUAGUUAUAAGAGUCCUCGCGUGCCGCCUUUCAAACCGAACCAACUCUUGAGCAUCAAGAGGAAAGCUAGAAAAGUCGGCGAUUGUUGUUACUGGGCAACACCAACACAGCACAAAAAAUGGACACUGUGUUGGAUCCAUUCACAGGCUUAGACUCCUUCUCCUCCCCUUAUUUCGACGACGAUGACUUCUUCACGGACCACUCUUCGAGAGACCACUUAGACACAGACGACUUUUUGGACGAGGACGUCGAUUUCCUCACCAGUCAAAUCCAAGAAUAUUACAAGGACAGUCGGAUAGCGCAGGACGGAGAUUACUGUGACGUUGGCAACUUCUCUUUUUCCUCGUCUUCUUCGACUUUCUCGUACGGAUGCGCUGACAGCACCUCGGAGCUGUCCCCUCACAGAGACGGUCUCUUACUGAAGAGGCGGAGGCGCAUGAGAUCCGAAGCGGAGAUGCAACAGUUGCGUCAAGCGGCUAACGUCCGGGAGCGACGGAGGAUGCAGUCCAUUAACGAUGCUUUCGAGGGACUACGAUCUCACAUCCCUACCCUGCCAUACGAGAAGAGACUUUCAAAAGUUGACACUUUACGUCUGGCAAUCGGCUACAUAAACUUCCUUGCAGAACUUGUGCAGUCCGACAUGCCAAUCCGGAACCCACACAGUGAUACAUUAAACCAACCUAAAAAAGUCAUCAUUUGCCACAGAGGAACAAGAUCCCCAUCUCCAAACGACCCAGACUACGGCUUGCCUCCUCUCGCCGGACACUCUCUUUCAUGGACUGAUGAGAAGCAGUUAAAAGAUCAGAACAUCAUUAGAACAGCGAAAGUCUGGACACCAGAGGACCCACGAAAGUUGCACUUGAAAUCAUCCAUAAACAACAUUGAGAAUGAACCUCCCUUUAACUUUAUUUCCUAAGGCAGUGCCGUUAUUAUCCUGUAUACACAUUGUGUACAACUGAAUUGUAUGGAUAUAUCCAUUUUUUUUGUUUUUUUUGUUUUGUUUAUUUGUAAUAUAUUAUUGUGUCUAUCCAUGUUUCAGCUUUUUAGUCUGAAUUGAACAUAAGGCCACUGGCAAUCAUUGUGUGUAUUUAAUUGUUUUAAUUGUGCUGUAAUAUAUUUUUCUAAUUUAAUACGGAUUUUAUGUCAAACAAAACAUAUUUUUAUACAAACGAAACAUGAAAAAUCGUCUAUAUUUAUACUGAUAUGAUGACUCAAUAAAUUUGUCUAUAG